AUGGUUGACAGGGUUGAGUGUGUGUUAGGUUGCCAGGAGAAGGUGAAGAUGGAAAGAAUUCAUAUAAACAGGUGUCAAGAGGUGCCAGGUGGGGGAGGCGCUGGGGUGUCAUGUGCCCAACGGAGACCGGAGGCUGGACCGCUGCAUCUCAGGUCCCACAUCUGCGACCGCCACAACGACAGCCACACCGGGGGCUACCUGUCCGACGAGUCUGGUUGCGAGACCAGCCCGUGUCCAGGUGAGGGGGGCCCGGCCGAAUCAGGUGUGAGCUGGUUCAGGUGUACGGACGGCCGCUGCCUCCCGCCUCACCUGCAGUGUGACCACAAUCCCGACUGUCUGCACGGCGAGGAUGAGGCCAACUGCUCCAUUCCCGCAGCCUGUCAAGACGGAGAGUGGCGGUGUGAGUCGGGCCAGUGCAUUCCCGACUCCGCCCGUUGCGACCUCGCUUUCCAGUGCCUCGACAAGUCCGACGAGAUAGCCUGCGGUGUGGAGGCGUGUGAGGAGGGCAGCCGCAGGUGUGUUGGUGGGCAGUGCAUACCCGCCGCCCUCUGGUGUGAUUGGAAACCGGACUGCCCUGAUGGAUCCGACGAGAGGGACUGUGUGCGGGCGCCGUGUGGGGAGGGCCAAUUCAGGUGCAGCAGCGGGCAGUGCAUCUCCUCGGUCUACCUCUGCGACGCCUCCGCCACCCACAGACUCGCGUGCGCCGACCACUCCCACCUCCUGAACUGCUCGGAACACGUGUGCGGGCCGGGCCUCUGGAAGUGUGACUCUGGGCCGUGUCUCCCCCCCUCCCACCUGUGUGACGGCCAGGUGCAGUGCCCGCUCACCUGGGACGACGAGGACCACUGCCCCUUCUCGUGCUCGUCCUCGGCCCCGCAGUGUGAGUGUCGGGACAUCAGCAUCAAGUGUCAGCGCCUCGGCCUCACGCGCCUGCCGAGGGACAUUGAGCCACAGAUAUCCAGGUUAUACACGACAAUCGCAAUAGACAACACCUCGCCCAAGGAGAAGAAGGCCCGGAAGAGGAAGCGAUACCGACAAAACAAGAGGAAGGCGGCGUCGUUUCACUAAGAAGGGACGCCGGGACGGCAGGCAGGAGGGAGGCGUCAGGCUUUGUUGAGUCGUGUGGUGUUGUUGUGUUUUGUGGAGC